AUCUCAACGGGCCCUUCAUCUCCAACGGCCCCAUUCUACGCCUCUCCCCAAAAAUGGCGGCCGCCCACCUCGUUUCCCGCCCUCUCUCCUCCUCCAAACCCCUCCGAAACCUGAACCCCACCUUCCCCCUCAACUCCUCGAAACCCUCCCUUUCCUUCCCAACCCCCUACAGGUCCAGAUCCCUAACCCUGAGGGCGACCUCCUCCGCUGUCCCCGCCGCCACGCCGGCGGCCGAGACCUCGUUCCGCCAUUGCUUCUCCAGGUCCACUGAUGGCUACCUCUAUUGCGAGGGCCUACGUGUCGAGGACGUCAUGGAGGCGGCCGAGAGGAGCCCCUUCUACCUCUACAGCAAGGCCCAGAUCACCCGCAACUUCGAGGCCUAUCGGGAGGCCCUCGAGGGGCUGCGCUCGAUCGUUGGAUACGCCAUUAAGGCCAAUAAUAACCUCAAGAUCCUGGAGCACCUCAGGGGGCUCGGGUGCGGCGCUGUGCUUGUCAGUGGGAACGAGCUCAGGCUUGCCCUCCACGCCGGCUUCGACCCCUCCAGGUGUAUAUUCAAUGGAAACGGGAAGCUCUUGGAGGACCUUGUAUUAGCUGCUGAAAAGGGGGUAUUCGUUAAUGUUGACAGUGAAUUUGACUUGGAAAACAUUGUGACUGCAGCAAGAGUUGUGGGAAAGCAAGUUCCAAUUUUACUUAGAAUAAAUCCAGAUGUUGAUCCGCAGGUUCAUCCUUAUGUUGCCACUGGAAACAAGACUUCUAAAUUUGGUAUUCGAAAUGAGAAAUUACAGUGGUUUCUAGAUGCUAUCAAGUCAUAUCCAAAUGAAAUCAAGCUUGUUGGAGCCCACUGUCAUUUGGGAUCAACCAUCACAAAGGUGGACAUAUUCAGAGAUGCUGCAGUUCUGAUGGUGAAUUACAUCGAUCAAAUUCGAGCACAAGGUUUUGAGCUGGAGUACCUGAACAUUGGAGGUGGUUUGGGAAUAGAUUACCAUCAUACAGGCACUGUCCUUCCAACACCCAUGGAUCUCAUCAAUACUGUACGUGAAUUGGUCCUUUCUCGAGAUCUGACUCUCAUUAUUGAACCUGGAAGAUCACUUAUAGCCAAUACUUGUUGCUUGGUCAAUCGAGUGACUGGUGUUAAAACAAAUGGUACAAAAAAUUUUAUAGUAAUUGACGGCAGCAUGGCAGAGCUCAUCCGGCCUAGUCUCUAUGGAGCAUAUCAGCACAUAGAGCUGGUGUCUCCUCCCCCUCCAGAUGCAGAAGUCUCAACCUUUGAUGUGGUAGGACCUGUCUGUGAGUCGGCCGAUUUCUUAGGAAAGGAUAGAGAGCUUCCAACGCCGGCCAAGGGAGCUGGCCUGGUUGUUCAUGAUGCUGGUGCUUAUUGCAUGAGCAUGGCUUCGACAUAUAAUCUUAAAAUGCGACCCCCUGAAUAUUGGGUGGACAAUGGAUCCUUGGUGAAGAUCAGACAUGGGGAGACUUUCGAGGACUUAUUGAAGUUUUUUGACGGUCUCUAAUUUUUGAGCCAUAGCCAUUUUGUUUAACUGAAAUGUAAUGUUGCUCUCAUACUGUUUAUUUGCAUAUGCAUGCAAUGCAUUGGAAUUGUAUGUGAUAUGCAUCAUUCGACAAACGGUUUGUAUUGAUGGCUGCUUGGUAUCUGUGAUUGAUUAUUGCAAACAGCAGAGAAGGUGAGCAAGAUCGGUUGAUGUACGCUUCACAUUAUCUUAUUUUUAUAAUAUGUGCUGUGGUACUAGCAUGACUUUACCAGUCUGCGAGUUUGU